UGCCGAGUUUGAAACUGUUGAAAACAGCUCUGUGAUGAAAUGGGGGAAGCGAUUUAAAUCGUCAAGAAUACGAGGAAGGUAUGCGCCUCAAACAAUUAACGACGCAACAGAGAGGCAGAGAAAAAGCGGUGCUCUUGAAGGGACCCGUUCGUGCAAUUAUUGGUUAGAAUAUUGUAUUCACUCGUAAGCGAAGUGGUUAUGGCAAACGUUCGGCCCAGUCCGACAUACGACGGCACGGAAUCGACGGGUACAACUGAUGGAAGACCAACGUUAAAUUUCUCUCUACAUAACAUGAUAACGACUACGUUCGGGGACUACCAGGCUGACGAAAGAUACAGAAAGCUAGAGCGCACGUUAAAAUUAAGCCUUAUGAAAAGAAUGGAGGCCAACAAGAACAACAUGAGAGCAGGACUCGUGACACCGACUCUGUCGAGUGUCUCCAGCAUCAAUGGCGAUACAUUCGACCUAAGCAGCGUCUCUCCGUUCUUAAACUCCUCAAGGAUCGGAAGCGAAGUAGUGUCCUCCAGCACUAAUUUAAGGAAGAGGCUUCUACAGAAGAAGAACCUGAUAGACAAUCACAAGACAACCGCUACUUCGAGUGUUAAAGGAUCCGUGAUAAAGGAGGACGACGAUUUCAAGGCUAUGCCUCCUCCGAGUAGUGUUAAAGUCAUUUCUUAUAAUUCAAAAAACAGUGGACCUCUUCACAGACCUACAGUGGGUGCAAACGAUCAUGCGAUGACUUCUGAAGGUGCAGCUUCCAGUGCUUGUGAUUUUGACAGCCGCAUGACUCGAGCCUGCGUUAACUUUUCCGAUAAGGAUCUGAAUAAGUACAAAAGUAAUCUGGAUGGUAAUGCUUGCCAAAAUGUUCAGGAUCCACACUUAAAAUUGGAACGGCUGUUUUCCAAAUGGAGAGUCAUGCUCAACGAUCAGGGCCAAUUAAUUAUUAAAGGAACCUUAGAGGGUGGCAAAGUUUCGCGCAGUAAACCUGUCAUAAGAAGAUUGUCUGCCUCCAGUGUUCAGUCUGUGUACAAGCACAUUUAUCAUCUGCAAGGAAACAUCGUAGACGAGAGAAAUGAACUCCCAGAUUACGUUCGUGGAAAGUUCUUCAAUGGCUUUCCAGAUGAUUGGGAAAACGUCUAUGAGAUUUGGAGGCAUUUCGUAGCAUCGGGCAGUAAACCAAACUUCCGUUGGCCAACUAGAGUGACGGACAGUGACGACGAUUUGAGAAGUGAUAUUACGGAGUUAACCUGUACAUCCAUUCGUAAAACAAUUGUGACGAAUCAGAAGAUUCCAGCUCCAAUCCAAAAACAGCGUCAAAACAUCUCUAACCCUCGCCAUUCCUAUAAUGAAAAGCAAGAACUAAGCAUUGCAGAAAGCCAUUGCAGUUGUUGCAGCAAUAAUAACCUCAAACCUGCCGAAGACAAAAACUCCCUCAGGAGUUCAAACAAAGAUACCGAAGAAAAGACGUCCAAAGUUUUGGCAAGCAAUUACGAUAAGAAUUUGGAGACACAUCACACAUCCAUUGACAAGGAAAACCAAAACACUGGACCGAGCAAUGACAGCAACUCGUCACCUCUACCGAGCAGUUCGAUCAAGUUGACAGACAUCAUUUAUCAGGAUAAACUCAGCAUAAUCAUAGAGAAUCUAGCCGAUAAGAAUUGUUCACGUGAGUACAUCGACAAGCUCUUUCAGAUGCUUGACUGUAUGAAUUAUGUGGUUUCGUACAAGUCAAUGCCAGAGCAGAAGAACGCUUCGAACAAAGAACCAAGUCAUCGAUCUGACCAGAAUUUUGCUUGCUACACCGAAGACUCGGGUGCAGGUAAAGAGAACAAUUCCAGGUUAAAUUCUUCCUGUGUGGAAUUCAACGCCAUCUCCAGAAGUCCUCAUCGAGAAGGAAUCGGAGACUCCGAAGCAUUGGAGAGUGAAACGUAUGCCGGAGUGUUGAGGAUUCCUUCAGAGAAGAUCUUACGAGAAAGUCGGAGACCGAGGGAAAGACUUCCCAGAGUUAGGAAUUCAGACAACGUUAGAAAAGUGGUCAAGAACGAAACUCCGAGAGAGAAAUCAGUCUCUGGAGAAAAACCGAUUUUGCAAGGGAAGAGUUAUUACUCCUUAUCGAAGGAUCGGGAGAGCAAGAGAGCUCCCAGUCGAGAGUCCACCAGUAGUUUGACGGAAAGUGAGGCAGAUUAUGACAGGGAGUCUCUCGAUAGUAGAAGAAGUCAUCCUGCGAAGUAUCCAUCUCAAGUUGAAAAGUGUGUCCCAGUGGUGCAUAAAAGUGUUUCCGAAGCUGCAAUUCCACCAGUGUCGGUAAAAGAAAAUAAAGUUGUCGAGGUCUGCUCUGUGCCGGAUCGUUUUGCCAGCAACGUUCAUCGAACUUCACCGGAGGAGAAAAAAGUGGAAUCGAAGACUACAAGAUUGGGAGCAAUGGAUAAUCCUUACAAGUUAACCUCGUGGUCUCCGCGCGUUGUCCAUGGAGAUACAUCGAGUUUGGGAUUGAUCUUCGAAGGCAAACUACUCAAUGAGGCUGGCCACGUUACACUCAGGAAGUUCUCUACCGAUCUAGUUUUACGGAGACUCUCAUCAAGGCUCGUGGAAACUGUGAACCACGACUUCUAUGAGCUCGUCGGGGACUUGAACGACGUCAAGCAGGUCGUUCCAAGAAAAUUAUUGAAACAAUGUAGCCGAGGAUGUCCCGGGAAGAUAAACCACUUUUGCAAGGCGUGGGAAGCGGCGAAGGAAGAGCUACUCGAAGGAUCCGGUAAAGAGAAUACAACCGUACACUUGCACAAUAAUUCCACGACGACUCUCAGCAUUUCGACAAGUUCGAAGGGUCGGAGAAUCAUGCCACCUCUCUCCUACUGGACUGGAGAACGCAUCUCCGUAAAGGACAACCAGUCCGUUUACAGCCCAGGAAACUCUCAGGGAUCCUCGAUAGCUUCCAUGCUGGAGAGUCCGAAAUCAAAUCAAGACCAAGCCAAUUCGGAGCGCAAAAGACAAGUCAAAAGCCCUAACGAAAAGCGCAACAAUCACUUCACGGAACCGAGGAGAAGGAAGUCUCAGGACGUCUCGGGGAAUUCGUCUCGGACAAAAGGGAAUUCGGUGACUAAUCUUGACGUAAGAAUUUAA